AAACUUUCAAAGGUUUGGCGAUGGCAAGAGAAAGAGGUUGUUUUCAUCUGUAUUACCAAAGUUUUAAACUCUUCUUGAGGUUACAUGUACAUGAAUAGCAACGGCUUUUGUUUUAAGUCCUGAUGCGUGUGAACAUGGACCGACUAGUAUCAUGCAAGCCACCUGAUAUUCAGGGGACGCUACCGGCCGCGCAUCGGCAGUUCUGGUGGAGAGAAGAGAAGAAACACCCGUACCUGUCAGGCCAUCGAGUCCAUCCGAUCGUCAGGCGCCCCGAGGAAUCAAGACAACCGUGAGAGGCGAAACGUCUUCCUUGUAGGGCAAGGGGACGCUACCGGCCGCCCGCAGGCAGUGCUGGUGAGGAGGGAACACCUGAUAGUCCACCGGGUCCAACAGAACGUCAGGCGCCCCGACAAAACAAGACAACCGUGAGAGGCGAAACGUCUUCCCUGUAGGACAAGACUGCCUACAAGCCCAGGGGAAACCAUGAGGUGCCUCCUGUCUGUAGUCAUCACGUUGCUAGGCGUGGCCAUGGCGACGUCUGCUCGUCUGGAUGCUGGAAAAGACGCUACAUCGGACCUCCUUCAGUUGCUUGAGGAGUUGAAGCAGGAGAUUGAUACUAGCCUACUCAGUCGAAGGAACAACGGCCACAAGCCUACAUCGUGCUCUGAAGAAAAGUCUCUACGCCCCGAUGCCAACGACGGCGAGUACACACUCUACCCUUUUUCAACGGACAGAGAUGUAGCCCUCCGCGUCUAUUGCCAUGACAUGGCAUCGUUGAAACCCAAAGAGUUCCUGACUCUACCAUCCGGUCCUGAUGAGAACUAUGCCAUUUUCUUUGGCGAUCGACUGGUCGACGCAAGUCUAUGGCAAUGCACCGGCCCAUUUCAGGACCAAUGGGACAAACACGGGACGACGAAGUUCAGCAAGCUCAGAAUCCAGUUUGAUACGUCCAAGGUCGAGGUUAUCGGAGAUGACUACACCUUUGCUCAAACCACAGGGCCCAAUGAUGUUGCUUACGGGCAAGCAGGCGACUGUUAUUCAGCGAAACGGGGAUGUGCGAAGGGAACGUUCAAAGUGGAUCUGACUGGGACGGGACUUGCGCUGGCACCAGAGGUCCACUGGGUCAUGGCAAGGUAUUGGCCAAACUAUCUGAACAUCAACGACAUGCUUGUCUCGGAGGAUAGAAAGGUUGCCUCUGGCCGAUGUGGUGGAUGGUGUGGUCGCUGCUGGCCCGAAGGAAGGAAAAUAUAUCUGACACCCUCACAAGUUUUAGACUGUCCUCCAGGAUACACUCGGCAUAUCAGGCACUGCUACAAGGCGUAUGGCCUUAAGAACUCAUUUAGUGACGCUGAAAAAACAUGUGAGGAUUACGGCGGUACAUUGGCCAUGCCUCGGGACAUAAGGACUCAGGAGUUCCUGAGGAAUCUGAGGAACCAAGUUGACACGACUGCAUGGUUCUGGCUUGGGUUUCAUGAUCAGUUUCAGGAGGGAGACUGGGUGUACAUGGAUGGGACAUCACUUGGAAACUACCAGCCUUGGUACCCGGGGGAACCAAACAGCCUGGACCACAACGAAAACUGCGGUAUGAUGUUUGAAGAAGCAAAAGGCGGCAGGUGGAAUGACGUAGACUGCUCCAGGGAACAGAUGUUCAUCUGCCAGACAUCUUCAGGAGGAUCCACAUAGCCUUGAGGGGAAAGCCAUGGAUUCCUCGCCCAUAACCUUGAGCGGAACCACGUUAACGCCAUUCAUCAGCUGUAGGUAUCAUCAGCUCCUCAUCCCUUUCAUCAGCAUCUUUAUCUUUAUGGGCAUCGCCAUCAUUUUCAUUAGCAUCUGUAUGUUUAUGGCUAGAGCAGCUUUAUGUAGUAGAUGUAGAUUUGAUUUCAAUGGUUUGUCGGUCACAGGGCCAUAACAUAAUAGUUUGGCGUCUAAUUGUGCAUUUUGAAACUGCAAAUUCUUUAUGGAUAGUCUAGUAGCCUGGGCACCAUCCUGGUCACUUUACUUGGGCAGAGUAGUAACCUGGGUACCAUCCUAACCCAUUGGGCUCCUAUGCUACCCCCUCACCAUUGGGGUAUUAAAGCCAGGAAAACUGUUUACAAGAAAUGCUACCCAGGCUAUUAUACUCGCUAUUAAUUAGAACAUGAAUAGAUUUUAUGGGCUUUUGUGUCAGGUAGGCAUUCGUUUGCUUUUUCUUAUACUUUCAGGUUAUGGUUUUAAAAGUAAAGACUAGUAAGCUACAUUUCCUUGAAUGUUCCUUUCAUAUUGUCCGCUGUAUUGAUUCUAACAUUCAGACAUUUCCUUUUUGGUGCAUUGGUAAUUUCCAACCCCUUAUGUAGUAAAUUUUGAUCAUUCUUCUUAAAUGACCCACUGGAGAUCCUAGGAGUGUUUUCAGGUGACAUUUUACCCUUUGUAGAUUUGAACCUUGUCAUUAGAAAAAAGUCUUUUAACACCUGCAUAUUGUUUAGCAUUGGUAUGUCAUCUCCAAUGCCUUUAUUGAAAUUAUGCUAUCACAUAACAUCGAUAAAUAGUAUGAACAAGUUAGGACCUUGUGAUGAGAAAGUUGUUUAACAUCUGCAUGUCCAAUGACAUAGAAAUUGUGCCAUCACAAUUUUUUUUCUUUAAUGUGUGCAUUAGCUAUUAGGAAACAAUAAGCAUACAGCCAAUAACAAGUUAGGACCCUGUGAUGAGAAAACAAUUGUUAAGCAUGUACACAUUGUUUAGCAUUGGUAUGUCAUCUCCAAUGCAUUCAUUGAAAUUGUACCAUCACAAAGAUUUUAAAAUUUGCUUUUUAAGGUGUGCAUUAGGAAACAAUAAGUAAGGAACAAGAUUAGACCUUGUGAUGAGAGAAUUGACAGUGAAUGUUUAACAUUUGCAUAUUGUUUGGCAUUGGUUUGUCAUCUCCAAUGGCAUAGAAACUGUACCAUCACAAUGAUUAAGUUUUUUUUUUUCAUUUUUCUUUAACUGCAUUAGCUACUAGGAAACGAUAAGCAUAUAGUCAGGAAUAAGUUAGAACCUUGUGAUGAGAAAACGAUUGUUUAACAUCUACACAUUGUUUAGCAUUGAUAUGUCACCUCCAAUGCAUUUUAUAGAAAUCACAAAGAUGAAUGUUGCUUUUUAUCAAGUUGUGCAUUUGCUAUUAGGAAACGAUAAGCACAUAGUAAGGAACAAGUAAGGACCUUGUGAUGAGGAACCAACUGCUUAACAUCUGCACAUUGUUUGACAUUGAUAUGUCAUCCCCAAUGCCCCUUUUUUGAAAUUGUACCAUCACAAAGAUGAAAUAUGCUUCUUUAA